CUGCACUGUCAGUACGCGCUAUGGCCUCUCUCACUGAUCAGCUGGAGGAGGUGAGGGUGAAUGCGGAGGGCAGUUUAUCUUCUCCAAGUUCUGCCCAGGAGAUGAGGGCAGGGGUGGAAGCUAUGGCCAACAUCCCCCUUCCACCCUCCAGCAAGUAUCGCUGUAUAGCUGCCGAAGUCAUGUUGACAGAGAACGGUAGUGGCAAUAACAGGAAGGAGUCCCUAGCCCUUCUGCAGAAACUUUCUACUGCUCUUAACAUUUUGGAGAAGUAUGGCUCCAAUCUUACCAACCCCAGCAGACCUAAGUACUGGCGAACAGUAAAGUACAACAAUCCUGUCUUCAGGACCACCGUAGACUCUAUUCAGGGUGGCAGAGCAGUACUUAACCUGUACGGCUACACCAAUCAGCAGCAGGAUGGCUUAAGCUUUCCUGAUGAUGUUGUUGAGCCAGAUGUUGGCAAGGUGGCGUCAGUAACUCUUGAGGUCAUGUGUCUUCGAAUGGAGCUGGACAUGCUAACCAAGGGCACCCAUCCUCAUCCAGAGUUUUUUGAAAGACUUAUUCCCUCUCUCACCGUGCAGGAGGAAGAGGGACUCAGCACAGAUGCAGUUGUCUUUGCUCCUAGUGAGAAAGUAUGGGAUAAACAAACUCCUUCACCUCUGUCUAGUCCUCCUCAGGCUAAAUCCCCUUUCAGUCCAGCUCUCUCUCUCUCUUCUCUGGCCCCCUCUACACAAACAGAGAACUGCACCAUAUGUGGCAUCUUUCCAGUGUCCGCUCACUGUCCCACUUGUACCCAGAAGCUUUGCACAGAAUGUGACAGACUCUAUCACUCUCAUUCUGGACGAUCUACACACAUAAGAAUCCCUGUGACUUCCUCAAGACCCACAAAGCGACUCAGCUCAUCACUGUCAACAUGGCAGUGUUCAUACUGCACUACAGUAAAUUCGAUGCUGCAGGUUUUGUGUGAAACCUGCGAUCGCCCCCGUUUGUCCUCUGCUGCUCCAUCACUACAGGAGGAGUCAUCACAGCCCUCUACAAUAUCUGAGUGGCAGUGUAAAAGCUGCACAGUGGUGAAUGCAGGUAGCAGUAUUUUAUGUGAGGUUUGCGAACGACCUCGUCUGGCCACCAGACCACCUGCUGUACCCCCACGAGCAACCCCUUCCUCCUCAGCACUAAUGGACAGCCAGUGGAUAUGCCAGUUUUGUACAUACGUCAACCGGACACCAUCGACCGUAUGUGACAUGUGUUGUCUAUCAAGACCAGAGCCUUCCAUAUCACCCUCUAAGCCCCUCCCACUAUCACCAGUCAAGGACCUUCUACCUCCUGCAGCCACAACCAAAGCCACGCCCACUGAAGACCCUGAUUUAAAGCGACAGAGACUGAUGAAGGAGGACGGGCUCAAACUUAUUCAGCUCAUUCGAGAGGGAGAGAAGAAAGGAGUGAGCCCAGAGGAGGUUUACACCAGCAUGCGAGUGUCAGGAAACAGUAACGUAACGCCGUAUGAUUGGCUGAAGACAGAGCUUCCUCAUGUGCUUGAUGAGAUCUGUGUGAUGGCUGCAUCGUGUCAGCAGGAGCCCAACGGUUCAGGGGGGAACAAUGGCCACGAUGGACUAAAGGGCAACCCUGUGCCCCUGUCCAGAGCGGAAGCUAAACGUGCCUGGCUGGCAGCAGGGGGCGAUAAUGAAAAGGCCGUCAGACAGGCUCUCAGAGACCGCAGAGUUAAAGUAAAAGAGCUUGGCUCUUUGGGCUUUAAUGAUGCAACCCGCUGUGAAGAAGCACUGAGGCAGAGUGGAGGCGAUGUAAGGGGGGCUCUAGUCCUGCUGCAGCGCCCUUUGCUGGAGCCCUUCCAUCAGCGCAUGUGGAGCGAAGAACCAGAGCCCCCCAUCGACAUCAACCACCCAGAUAAACAGCAUGUUUGCCGUAGGCUGCUAGCAGUGUUUGAUCUGCCCAGCUGGGGGCGCUGUGAGCUGAUUUUGUCUUUGCUACGGGACCCUGCAGCCAAUUACACACUGGAAGACGUGGUUCAGGCUGUGCGUGAAUCACCUGACCGAGACUUCAUUCGGCGCGUGCUGAACAAAGAAUGCCCCAUCUGCCUGUCAGUUUUUCCCCACAGCAAGAUGCGGUCUCUGACAUCAUGCCAGUGCUCAGUGUGCUGUGGAUGUUUCCAGCAGCAUUUUACCAUAGCGGUGAGAGACAAACACAUCAGAGACAUGGUGUGUCCUGUCUGCACAGAGCCUGACAUCAACGACCCAGAGCACCUUAACAGCUACUUCUCUACACUGGACAUACAGCUCAGGGAUUGUCUUGAACAAGAGGUGUACGAGCUCUUCCACAAGAAGCUAACUGAGCAGGCUCUCAUCAAGGACCCAAAGUUUCUGUGGUGCAGUCAUUGCUCAUAUGGCUUCAUCUAUGACGACGAUCAACUCAAGGUCACCUGUAGCCAGUGCAGGAAAAGCUUUUGUGCUCAGUGCAAAAAAACAUGGGAGCCACAGCACAUGGGUCUUUCGUGUGAGCAAUUCCAGCUAUGGAAGCGAGAGAAUGACCCUGAAUACCAGAGGCAGGGUUUGGCCGGAUACCUGCGUGACAACGGCAUCACUUGUCCUAACUGUAGGUUCCAGUAUGCUCUGGCCAGGGGCGGCUGCAUGCACUUCAGCUGUUCUCAGUGCAGAUAUCAGUUCUGCAGUGGAUGUAACAACCCCUUCCACACAACAUGUGCAGUGAACCAGUGUACUGUGACAGGUCUGCAUGCCCAUCACCCCAGAGACUGCCUCUUCUACCUCCGAGACUGGGAGCCUGCAAGGCUUCAGGCCUUACUGCAGAAAAAAGGGGUGAACUACAAUACUGAAACUGCACCAGGAGCACAGACUGGUGUGUGUGGAGUGAUCGAGCAGAAAGAUGAAGGGCCUCGUCCGACCGAUUCUCCGUGUGGUGCUCAGACUCAGCCGGGCCAGGCGGGACUCUGCGA